UGUGUGUGAGACGCGUACAGAAACAAACGGCUGCAGAAAGAAACUGGACAAAAUCCCGCUAACGGAGAAAAACCUCGAGCUCCCCGCCUGUCCCCAAGUCGCUGUCCACUCCGACCGCACAUCUAGACCUAAAUAAGCGUGUGUGAUGAACGGAGACUCAGGUGCAGGGGUGGUGACGGCCCCCCCGCCCACCAACCCCCCUCAUAAGGAGCGUUAUUUCGACCGCGUGGACGAGAGCAGCCCGGAGUACCAGAGAGAGAGGAACAUGGCGCCGGACCUGCGGCAGGACUUCAACAUGAUGGAGCAGCGCAAGAGAGUCUCCAUGAUCCUGCAGAGUCCAGCGUUCUGUGAUGAGCUGGAGUCUCUGAUCCAGGAUCAGAUGAAGAAGGGGAAAACCCCCACCAGUUUGCUGGCGCUGCAGCAGAUCGCUGACUUCAUGACCACCAGCGUCCCCACCAUGUACCCCACCGCGCCCCAGGGAGGCAUGGCAGCCCUCAACAUGAGUUUGGGGAUGGUGACUCCAGUGAAUGAUCUGAGAGGUUCAGACUCCAUCGCUUAUGAGAAAGGAGAGAAGCUCUUGCGCUGUAAACUCGCCGCGUUUUACCGCCUGGCCGACCUUUUCGGCUGGUCUCAGCUCAUCUACAACCACCUGACGGUCCGGCUGAACUCUGAACAGGAGCGUUUUCUGAUUGUCCCUUUUGGGCUUCUGUACAGUGAAGUCACUGCCUCCAGUUUGGUGAAGAUUAACCUGCAGGGGGAGAUUGUGGACAGAGGCAGCACUAAUCUGGGUGUAAAUCAGGCUGGAUUCACCCUCCACUCCGCCAUCUACGCUGCCCGGCCCGACGUCAAGUGCAUAGUGCACAUUCACACACCCGCUGGCACCGCGGUGUCUGCUAUGAAGUGUGGUCUGCUGCCCAUUUCACCCGAGGCUCUGUCGCUGGGCGAGGUGGCAUACCACGAUUACCACGGUAUUCUGGUGGACGAGGAGGAGAACGUCCUCAUACAGAAGAACCUGGGUCCUAAGAGCAAGGUGUUGAUUUUGAGGAAUCACGGUCUGGUGUCUGUUGGAGAAACAAUCGAAGAGGCAUUUUACUACAUUCAUAACCUAGUCACAGCCUGUGAGAUUCAGGUGCGCACCCUCGCCAGUGCAGGAGGUCCUGACAACCUAAUAAUGUUGGACCCAGGCAAGUAUAAAUCCCGUCCACGCUGCCUCGAGCCGGUCGGAGACGGGUCGAGCUCGCACCCGAAGUGGCAGAUCGGGGAGCAGGAGUUUGAGGCCUUGAUGAGGAUGCUGGAUAAUCUGGGCUACAGGACCGGUUAUCCGUACCGCUGCCCUGCGCUGCGUGAUAAAGCAAAAAAGUACAGUGAUGUUGAGAUCCCCUCUUCAGCCACGGGCUACUCGUACGCUGAGGACAGUGACUCGGGUGCGCGCUCCCCGUUAAAGCACAGCUUUCAGCGGGACAAGAACCGCUGGCUAGCCUCCGGGAGGCCCGUUGAAUCUGCAGAAGAGGGGCAGGACUGCAGCGGUAGCCCCAAGGCGAAGACUAAGGUGUGGACGAACAUAACACACGAUCACGUCAAACCCUUGCUGCAGUCUCUCUCGUCCGGUGUCUGCGUGCCAAGCUGUAUUACCAACUGCUUGUGGACUAAGGAGGACAGUCUCCGACAGGCUGCUGUGGCCAAUCAGUUUGUCCCUCUGAACACCAACCCCAAAGAGGUCCAAGAGAUGCGCAACAAGAUCCGUGAGCAGAACCUGCAGGACAAAAAGACGGCAGGUCCACAGUCGCAGGUGCUCACAGGUGCCGUGGGGGACCGCUCCUAUGUCCAGGGGGAGCUAGUGACCGCGUCUAAAGCCAUCAUUGAGAAGGAGUUCCAACCAUGUGUCAUAGUCAGUAAAACUGGACCGAACCCCUUCAACAAGCUCACAGACCAGGAGCUGGAGGAGUAUCGCAAGGAAGUGGAGCUCAAGCAGAAAGGCACAGAAGCACAGAUCGAAGAGUCGGCCUCGGGCCCCGAAGGAGUCCAGACUCCAGAUGUCAUGUCCACGCAGGACAACGAGGAUCCGCAGGCCACUGCGACCCCCCCGCCCUCCAUAAUCCCCAGCCGUGGCCCUGAAGCGGGUCAGGACAGUCCUGCGGAUCCUCCAGGACCCCCUCAUGAGGAGUUUCACUCCGCGGUGCUGGAAGCUCUGGGCUGUGAUGCUGAGUCUGAGCCGUCUGCAGGUCAGACACCGGAGGCAGAAGAGGAGAAAGAUGCCGGCUCACCUGUGCUUGUGGAGGAAGAGGCCCAGCAGGAGCAGACGUUUAAAGACGAGAGUGACGCCGCCGCUUUAAGACAGACCCUCCCCGAUCUGACCCCCGACGAAGUCUCCGACCUUCCUGCAGAAGACCCCGCCCCCGAGCAGACAGACCCCGCCCCUCAGCCAGAGGGGGAGGAGCCUGUUGCCGGGGACGACGCAGCUGGUGAUCACGGCAGCGACGAAUCGCCCAACAAAUCCCCGUCAAAGAAGAAGAAAAAGUUUCGCACCCCGUCGUUCCUAAAGAAAAACAAAAAGAAGUCUGAAACCCAAUGAGUACGCUUUGCUCAGGCCUCCGGCAAUACCACUCUUGUUUUUUUAUUAAACCCUCAGAUUGUUUUUAUUCUUUUAAUAAGUGCUGGCUGAAGUGCACUUUAAAGUGCGGCUCGUUAAGCAUGUUUUUUUAUAAACCAAUAACCACUGUAAUGUAUCGCAAAUGUAUCCGAUGUUACUGUUAGAGGAAAUGAAUUGAUGAAAGACUUCCUCCUGGUGUUUAAUGAAAAUCUUUGCUCUGCUGCAUCUAUAAACACCUGGAGCGAAAUGCCUCGUAUGAUCAUAACAUCUCGCCUGACCAGAGUGUAAAUAUGCUUGCGAUAAUAGAGUUUUUGGAUGGAAAUCGAAUGAGUUUUUGAAACGUGUGAAUCUCACAAAACCCGUGUAUCACACAUUUCACCCUGAAGUCUAAGGAACGAAGACAUUCUGUUUUCUUUAAAGAAAAUGAAGCCUUUAUUGUGAUAUUUUCAUAACAAAUAAGCAAAUUUUCCUCCCGAAAUGCUUUCAUUAUGCAUACUUGCAAAUAUGCUAUAUACUUUUUCUGUAUUACAGUAACGAGAAGGUUUUUUUUUUUUCUUUGUCCGGUUCAUA